GGAGAACCUGACUCUGGCCUGAAGGUAAAUUAGAAGUAAUGGGAACCAUCUUAGACUCAUGGAGAAUAACUACAGCUGUCAUUAUUACUAUACUACACAUCCAAGUAAUCAGCACCAAAACCACAGUUUUUUCUGGUGUGGAAGGUGAGAGUUUUGUCUUCAGAUGUGAAUAUCCAAAUGGCCUGACGGAGAAUUUGAAGUACCUGUGCCGUAUUGAUGAAUGCUCCAGUUACUUGAUAAUGACAGACAAACAUAACCGGUGGGAGACCAAAGGACGCUUCUCCAUGUACGACAACACCACUGGAAGCUUCUUCAUUGUCAAGGUGGAUAAACUGAGGUUAAAUGACAGUGGGACGUAUCAGUGUGGAGUGGAUAUCAGCCUCCAACCUGAUUAUCACAGCGCCAUAAAACUGAAUGUUUCCCAAGCAUAUGAACCUCAGCUGUUGUUCCACCUGCCGCUGGUCCUGACUGCUGUUAUGUGCGUGGCAGCACUCAUGUUUGUGUGUCUGUUCACAUUAUGUCUUCUACUGGUUCUGAAACACAGAAGAUCAAUCCCACCGCAGAAUAAAGAGAUAACGUCUGACUAUGAGACUAUGAUGCCAGGUCUAAAAGCUGAGCCUCAAUGUUGCUGCAGCUGUUCAGCCCCAAACUGCGGUGAUCCUUCAUCUUUACCAUUACCACCACCACCUGACCUCUGCUCCAGCUUCCUACCAAAGCAUCGGGAGUCUGCUCUCUCAUUCGGCGUUGGUGAAUAUGUUGAUGUGGAUGUACUAGGAAAUAUCUGCCAGUACCAACAUCUGGAUCUCAGCCAGUUAGAAGAGCAUGUCUAUCACAGUCUUCAUGUACAUAGUUGUCCUAAACAUGAACCUAUUAAAGAGGAGAUGAACUGUUUAAAUGUCAAAAGAUAAUUCUGGGCUAAUCAUACCUUAAGUCUUAGUAGUGUGGUUUCAAUCAGCCUCUCACAAAAAGUACCAGUGAUAUAGAGUAGCUUGGUAAAUCUGUAAUUAAUAAUUCAACUAAUGAAAUCAAAUGACCAAUCCUGAUCCAGAUCCUGAUUUAAUAUAUUAGUUUUAUCCUUUUACAGUGUUUGAAUGACAGAAAGAGCUGAGUAACUCAAAACUUUUGGAUCUUUAUGCAAUUUCUUUAAGUGUAUAUUUUUGUUUUGUUUAAAUGGCAAAAAGAAAAAAGAAAAACAAAAAAAUCUGAGUGGAUGGUUUAAGCAGUGUCACUGUGCUCUACAA